AUGAUCCCCAAAAAACUACAGAAUUGGAAGCCUGAAAAAGGCUUCCCGUUUAAAUGCGGUUUGGAAAUCCAUACGCAGCUACUGACAAAACACAAGUUGUUUUCCCAAUCAGUCAAUGUGCCCAACUGUGCUCCUAAUGCCAACACCAGUUUCUUUGACUUGGCUUUUCCUGGCACUUUCCCAAAACUCAAUCCUGAAGCGCUUCUACUAGCCCUCAAAGCUGCGGCAGCAUUAGACGCGUCAAUAAGUACGACAUCUUCAUUUGAUAGGAAACAUUACUUUUACUUUGAUCAGCCUUUGGGUUAUCAAAUAACUCAGAGAUUUCGUCCCUUAGCGAGAGGAGGCCAUCUUCAAUUAUCCAAAGAUUAUGACGACGUUUUAUCCGACAAGCUCAUUAAUAUCGAGCAGCUUCAAUUAGAGCAAGACACUGCCAAGCUCAACUACGAUGAUUACGAUAGUCUGGUAUCUAUCGAUCUCAACAGAGCCAACGUUCCAUUAAUUGAGCUUGUGACAAAACCGGACUUUGAGAAUUUGCUACAGGUCAGAGCAUUUAUAAAAAAAUAUUUAGGUCUCGUGUCUCACCUCGGUAUAUGUUCAGGUGACUUGGAGAAUGGUGCCAUGCGUUGCGAUGUAAACGUAAGCGUGGCUGGAGGCGACAGAGUCGAGGUAAAAAAUUUGAGCAGUACUUCUGAAGUGAUGGCGGCAGCAGCUUACGAAUACAAAAGACAGGUGGCCCAAUUAAAAGAGAGCAUCCCUGUGGAACAAGAGACUAGGUCUUGGACAGGAACUAAGACCGUACGAACUCGUUCUAAAGAAGAUGCAGUUGACUAUAGAUAUGUGCCAGAUACUGAGUUGCCUUUUGUUCAUUUGGACCCAAGUAUUGCCGAUCUGAUACGUGCUCAAUUGCCCGAAUUUCCUGAAACCGUGGUUCGCCGGUUAAGAAAUGCCCCUUAUGGUCUCGAGAAAAAAUAUGCCAAGUUUCUUGUCGAAUCGCCUCUACAUUUAGAGUACUAUUACAAAUUACAUUCCAUUAUUGUCGGGGAACAUAAGCAACCUUCUAAGGUUGUAAAUAAUUGGUUUGUACAUGAGUUACUUGGUGCUUUCAAUAAACUCGGACUUUCGCCAGACUUCACAAUGUUGCCAGCGGAGAAGUAUGCUGCUCUCAUUUUGUUGGUGCAGAACAAAGAAGUGACUUCGACUUCUGCGAAAUUAUUGCUUCUGGCUAUGCUUCAACCCUCUGAAGAAAUAGCAGAGAUGUCUGUCGAGGAGAUGGUUGACCAUUACAAAUUGAGAAAUGCUGCUGAAGCAGAGACUGGUGACUUAAAAACCGCCGUGGAGGAAAUCUGCAAAGAAAUUAUCGAGGAAAAUCAAGAUGCUGUUGAGAAAAUCAAAGCUGGAAAGCAUCUGUCAAUCAAGUUUUUGGUUGGUAUCGCUAUGAGAACUACCCAAGGGAAGGUUGACCCAAAGCUUUUCGAUGAGACAUUUAAGAAUCUCAUUUAUAACGAGUAA